AUGUAUGCCACGCAGACCACGCUUUCCUCACUCUCCCUCGCCGUCGCCCUUUGGCUCCAAGUAGCACGCGCAGACAUCACGAUGGCAGCCGUGUCCGAAAUAUCGGACGGUCAGCCCCAAGGUCCGGUCGCCUCGACAAGUUGGCCCUACGAGUCUUCGUCCGAGUGGUCACCGAGCACCACGGCAGAGGCUUCGUCGUGGUCCUCAUCGUCCUACGACAACCCCUUCACGAUCUACACGUCAAUGACCAACUCUCUGGGCGUCAUCACGGGCAUGCCGUCGGUCGUGACUUCGCAGCCCACGCAGCCCGCCGUCGUCACCAGCCAACCCAUCUCGCCGACCCUGCCCAGCUACUCGGGAUACUGGUACGGCAACGGUUCCAGCACCACCACCACCUCGACCGGAGAAGGCAUCUCGUCGGGUCCCACAACUCUUGCCAUCAGCACGGUUGUCGACACCUCCUCGGACAAUGGCGUCUUCACCACCUCGUCGGCAACUGCGGUGGCCACAUUCGCCGAAGUUACCGGUGCUGCUGUCAACAACAAAGUCGCCGGCGCCGGUGUCGGCUUGCUUGUGGCUGCUUUAGGGUUCUCUCUUCUAUGA